AUGGCUCCGAAACGAAGAAAUACUCGUAAACAACCGAAUUACCAACUUCCCACCACGGAGGCAGAGUUGGAAGCUUUGUUGGAACAGCGCAUUGCUACCGCCAUUGCACAGUAUGAAGCAAACCGUGUCGAUUCCAGCGGCGGUACUGGAGGCUCCGGAGGUUCUGGACCUGGAGGAUCAGGAACGGGUGGGAACAUUGUGAUUGGAGGUACUACCAUUCCAGGGUGCACUUAUAAGGCAUUCCUCGACUGCAAGCCUCUAAACUUCAAUGGUACCGAGGGAGCCGUUGGGUUUGUACGUUGGGUGGAGAAGACGGAAUCGGUGAUCCGUAUCAGCAAAUGUACCCCGGAACAAACGGUGAUGUAUGUUACUUGCCUCUUUCUGGAUGAGGCGUUGACUUGGUGGAACCUUCAGGUUCAAACAUUAGGUGAUGAGGCCGCUUAUGGGAUGACAUGGGAAGGACUUCGGGAAUUGAUGCGAGAAGAGUACUGCUCGAGAGCUGAAAUCCAAAGACUAGAGACAGAAUUUUGGAAUCUAACUAUGAUCGGCGCUGAUGUUGCGGGGUAUACGCAACGGUUCCAUGAUUUGUCCAGGGUAGUUCCCUACCUUGUGACACCGGAGUUCAAGAGAAUCGAACGAUAUAUAUGGGGUUUGGCACCUGAAAUCCGUAGCAUGGUUACCUCGUCUCACCCUGCUACAAUUCGAAGUGCAGUGAGCCUAGCUGUUAGUUUAACUGAAGAUGCGGUGCGCAUGGAGACCCUAACUAGGAAGGGAAGUGACAAGAAGGAUUCAGUCGAUGAAUCAAAGAGUUCGGGUAAGCGGAAAUGGUCUAACUUCAAGAAGGGUAACAACGCUACAAACCAAACUGCAAAAACUCAAGAUGUGAAAGCUUUCUCUGCUACUGCGAAUGCAACAAGCUCUGGUCCAAGAAAGUAUACGGGUCCUCUACCCAAGUGCAACAAAUGUAACUACCAUCAUGUGGGCACUUGUGAAAGUGCCAAAUGUAAAAGGUGUGGAAAGGUGGGACACAAAAUAGAAACUUGUAGGGUGGUGUUACCAAAGAAGGACAAAGGAUGCUACGAGUGCGGUGCCGAGGAUCAUUUCAAGCGGCAAUGUCCUAAGUUGAACCCAGCUAAGGGUCGAGCCUUCGUGAUUGGAGCUAAGGAUGCUCGUCAGGACCCGAACGUAGUUACGGGUACGUUUCUUCUCAAUAAUCAUUAUGCUUCAAUUCUUUUUGAUACUGGUGCCGACCUUAGCUUCGUAUCUACCGACUUUAAACGUAUGUUGAAUUUAGAGUCAAGCAAGCUAGAUAUACCCUACUCUAUUGAAUUGGCCAAUGGAAAGUUGGUUAAGUCAUGUGAGGUUGUUAAGGGUUGCACGUUGGUCUUGUGCAAUCAAGAAUUUAGUAUAGAUCUUCUACCGGUCCAACUGGGUAGCUUCGAUGUCGUAGUCGGCAUGGAUUGGUUGUCGAAAAACCAUGCCGAAGUGAUUUGUCAUGAAAAGAUAAUUCGUAUUCCUCUAUCCGAUGGUGAGACGCUUUCUGUCCAUGGAGAAAGACGUGGAACCCCAUUGCGAAUUAUUACUUGCAUGAAGGCCCAAAAAUGUCUACGGAAGGGUUGCUUCGCAUUCUUGGCGCACGUAGUUGAUAAGAAGACAGAGGAGCCUAAACUUGAGGAUAUUCCUGUUGUGAGGGAAUUCCCUGAAGUCUUUCCUGAAGACUUGCCAGGAUUGCCCCCACAAAGGCAAGUCGAGUUUCGCAUCGACUUGGUCCCAGGAGCUGCCCCUGUAGCUAAAUCGCCUUACCGUUUAGCUCCGUCAGAGUUGCAGGAAUUAUCUAACCAACUUCAAGAAUUGCUAGACAAAGGUUUCAUCCGACCGAGUUUCUCGCCUUGGGGAGCUCCGGUCUUGUUCGUGAAAAAGAAAGACGGAACCUUCCGUAUGUGUAUAGAUUACCGGGAGUUGAACAAGCUCACUAUCAAGAAUAGGUACCCUUUACCAAGGAUCGAUGACUUGUUUGAUCAACUUCAAGGUUCUAGUUUCUAUUCGAAGAUUGAUUUGCGUUCAGGCUAUCAUCAGUUGCGAGUUCAAGAGGAGAGUAUUCCCAAGACGGCGUUUAGAACCCGUUACGGUCAUUAUGAGUUUCUUGUCAUGCCUUUCGGCUUGACUAACGCACCGGCCGUAUUUAUGGAUUUAAUGAAUCGCGUGUGCAAACCUUACUUGGACAAAUUUGUGAUUGUUUUUAUUGAUGAUAUAUUAAUAUAUUCGCGGUCAAAGGAAGAGCAUGAGCAACAUUUAAGGCUUAUUCUCGAAUUGCUGAAGAACGAGAAACUAUACGCAAAGUUUUCGAAAUGCGAAUUUUGGAUUCGCGAGGUACAGUUUCUCGGUCAUGUAGUAAACGAGAAAGGGAUUCAUGUCGAUCCGUCCAAGAUAGAGGCUAUAAAGAACUGGGAAGCACCAAAGUCUCCAACUGAAAUACGCCAGUUUCUAGGAUUGGCGGGGUACUAUCGACGAUUCAUUGAGAAUUUUUCAAAGAUAGCACAGCCUUUAACCGCCUUGACCCAAAAGGAUAAAAAGUUUGACUGGGGAGAUAAACAAGAAUCAGCGUUCCAGUUACUUAAAGAGAAACUUUGCGGUGCUCCAAUUUUGUCUCUACCCGAUGGUACAGAUCAUUUUGUGGUUUAUUGUGAUGCCUCGCAUCAAGGUCUAGGUUGUGUGUUGAUGCAACGAGACAAAGUCAUCGCUUAUGCAUCGCGUCAGUUAAAGGCCAACGUUGUUGCGGACGCCUUGAGUCGGAAAGAAAGGGUUAAGACUUUACGUGUUCGUGCGUUAGGAUUAACAAUCCAAACGAGCCUCACCACUCAAAUUCGUGACGCACAACGUGAAGCUCUUAAACCGGAGUUUAUUAAGGAAGAAUCUUUGCGCGGCAUGGAACAACAAUUGGAACCUAAGGAAGAUGAAAUGUUGUACUUCAUGGGUCGUGUUUGGGUUCCAUUGUUUGGCGGGUUACGUAAUAUAGUUUUAGAUGAAGCUCAUAAGUCGAAGUAUUCGAUUCAUCCAGGUGCUGAUAAGAUGUAUCAUGAUUUGAAGGAAUUUUAUUGGUGGCCCAAUCUUAAAGGCGAUAUUGCGACCUACGUGGGAAAGUGUUUGACUUGUUCUAAAGUUAAGGCCGAAUAUCAGAAGCCAUCUGGCUUGUUACAACAACCUGAAAUCCCGAUAUGGAAAUGGGAACAAAUUUCUAUGGAUUUCAUUUCAAAGUUACCUAGAACAUCUAAGGGUAAUGACAUGAUUUGGGAAGUAGUGGCACGUCAUGGGGUACCUGUUUCUAUAAUCUCUGACAGAGAUGGCCGUUUUAUUUCAAGUUAUCACACGAGCAUCAAAGCUGCUCCAUUUGAGGCUUUGUAUGGAAGGAAGUGUCGGUCCCUGUUGUGUUGGGCGGAGGUCGGUGAGAAACAGUUGAUUGGUCCAGAAUUGGUUCAAGAAACCACGGACAAGAUUUUUCAGAUCAGAGACCGUAUCAAGGCGGCUCGUGAUCGUCAGAAAAGUUACGCGGACGUUGGGCGUAAACCCUUAACCUUCGAGGUCGGAGAUAAAGUCUUGCUAAAAGUCUCACCUUGGAAGGGUGUUGCAAGGUUCGGUAAGCGUGGUAAGCUUAAUCCGAGGUAUAUCAGGCCGUUUGAGGUUUUAGACAAGGUUGGUACCGUCGCGUACAGACUAAAGUUGCCCGAUGAGCUUAGUGGCGUUCAUGACACAUUCCAUGUGUCAAACUUGAAGAAGUGUCUAGCCGACGAGACACUUAUCAUUCCUGCAGAUGAAAUCUGCAUCGACGACAAACUCCACUUUAUUGAAGAACCGGUCGAGGUUACGGAUUGGAAAGUCCAAAAGUUGAGGAGGAGUCGUAUUAAAUUGGUUAAAGUUCGUUGGAACUCCAAGCGGGGACAUGAAUUUACUUGGGAACGCGAGGAUCAAAUGAAGAUGAAGUACCCCCAUCUGUUUGAGAAGACUCCUGUUCAGGAUGACUCGGCUUGA